ACCUAUUAACGAAGUUCAUUUCUUUUUUCUGUUCUUUUUUCUUUCGUUUUGCCAUGGUUAUGGAACCUCACCCACCACCCAAAACCUUCCUAACUCGGCUUAACUCAGCCGUGGCCAAUAGCCGGGUCGGGAAACACUUCCAGUUAGCGGAACGGAACUCGACUUUCACCACCGAGUUACGCGCCGGCACCGCCACUUUCCUCACCAUGGCUUACAUCUUGGCCGUCAACGCUUCCAUCCUCGCCGACUCAGGCGGUCCUUGCGGAGUCUCCGACUGCGUUCCUCUAUGUUCCGACCCUUCCCUUCCGUUAUCCAACUGCACCGGGUCGAGUGUCGGAGUUGUCCAGCCCGAUUCGUCAUGCAAAUUCGACCCGGUCAACCCGGGUUACGCUUCGUGUUUGGAGAAAGUACGUAAAGAUCUCAUAGUCGCCACUGUUGCUUCUUCUCUCAUUGGCUGUUUGAUUAUGGGUACUUUCGCGAAUUUGCCCCUGGCUUUGGCUCCUGGUAUGGGGACAAAUGCGUACUUUGCCUACACCGUUGUCGGGUUUCACGGGUCGGGUAAUGUCUCUUAUAAAAAUGCUUUAGCUGCGGUUUUCCUAGAAGGCUUAAUCUUUUUGUUCAUUUCAGCAAUUGGAUUCCGGGCCAAAUUAGCUAAAUUGAUACCUAAACCGGUUCGCAUCAGUUCGUCCGUGGGUAUCGGGCUUUUCCUCGCCUUUAUCGGAUUACAAAAUAACCAAGGAAUCGGGUUAAUCGGGUAUAAUCCGUCGACCCUAGUGACGCUCGGCGGGUGCCCGAGUUCGUCUCGAGUUGCCGUUGCACCGGUUUUAGCGGCAGCUAACAGAAGCAUCACUGUAAUACCAGGAGGUAUCAUCUCUAGUGACAUUUUAUGUUUACGUGGCAGAAUGGAAAAUCCCACAUUAUGGCUUGGAAUCGUCGGUUUUGUGAUUAUAGCUUAUUGUUUGGUGAAAAAUAUCAAGGGUGCCAUGAUUUAUGGUAUAGUAUUUGUGACGGCCAUUUCGUGGUUUCGCGACACUAAAGUGACGGCUUUUCCGAACACCAUCGCCGGUAACUCAGCACACAAUUAUUUCACUAAAGUUGUCGACAUUCAUCUAAUUCAAAGUACAGCGGGGGCAUUGAGUUUUAGUAGUAUGGGAAAAGGUUCCUUUUGGGAGGCCUUGGUCACGUUCUUGUACGUUGACAUAUUGGACACAACCGGUACACUAUAUUCCAUGGCCCGAUUCGCGGGUUUCACCGAUCCAAACGGCAAUUUUGAGGGCCAAUACUUCGCUUUCAUGUCGGACGCUACGUCGAUUGUCGUGGGAUCAUUGCUAGGGACAUCACCGGUAACAACAUUCAUCGAAUCAUCGACGGGGAUACGAGAAGGUGGGCGAACGGGGUUAACGGCUCUAACGGUGGCCGGGUAUUUCUUCUUGGCAUUCUUCUUCACGCCGCUACUAGCGUCGAUACCGGCGUGGGCAGUGGGGCCGCCGUUGAUCUUGGUGGGGGUGUUAAUGAUGAGGGCGGUGGUGGAGAUCGAGUGGGACGAUAUGAAGCAGGCGAUCCCGGGUUUCGUGACGAUGAUUUUGAUGCCGUUGACAUAUUCAAUAGCGUACGGGUUGAUUGGCGGGAUCGGAACAUACAUGGUGUUGCACGUUGGGGAUUGGGCGACGGAACAAUUAGUGACGGUUGGCGUCGUGAAAAGGAGAGGGAAUGCGGUCAACGGCGCACAUGAGCAAGCAAUAGCCGACGAAAGUGGAAAAGCAGUUGAACUUGAUCAUGUUUAGGUCUGAUUUGAAGGAAUUUCAGAGUUGGGUUUUGUCUCUUUAGGACAAUAUCGUUGUAGUUUUCAGAUUUGUAGGAAAAACCUAAAAAGAAACAAGAAAUGGAUUCACAUUUCACA